AUGUUCCUCGGCCAGUUGAUCGCUCUCCUGAGCCUGCUCGGUGGGGCCCAGCUGCACACAGGCUCCGGGAGGCCUGGACUCCUGGGUCCCCCAUCUCAGCUCUGGGCUGCCACCAAUCGGACCCGGGCUCUGGGCCGAGGGGCCCUAGGCUCCCAGGUACAAUCCUCUGCCCUCAGCAGCUGGAAGGCCUUCUUGGGACUGCAGAAAACUGGGCGGCUGGGGAGAGGUAACCUGCACCACGGGCAGGAGGUGGCCCCUACUGUGUCUCUGCCAUUGGACCCGCAGGAAGUGGCCCAGGAGAUGUGCAAGGCCGUGCCGUAUACUCAGGUACUCUCCCAGCCCGGCUGCACGGCCGUUCACCUCCGCAAUCACCUCUGCUUUGGCCGCUGCUCCUCCCUCUACAUUCCCAGCUCAGACCCCACCCCACUCGUCCUCUGCAACGGCUGUGUGCCCACUCGCAAGCGCCGGACACGUGUGGUCCUGUGGUGUCGGGCAAGCAGCCCAGCCUCCCGUCGACGGAUGAAGAUGUCUGCUGUGCUGGUUGAAGGGUGUCAGUGCAGCCCGAGGGCGUGAUCUGAGCUUCGUGGACAGACACACAGAUGCACACAGCUUGGAGAGAUGGGGGGAGA